AUGCUGCCCGCGGCCGCGCACCAGCCGGCGCAAGAGCACCCACGGCAGCCGGAGCUCGAGCUCCAGCAAUCACAGCCCGGAAACAGAACAGAAGAAGCAUCCGUGUCGGUUAGCGACAAGGCGACAUCAUCCGGUCCGCAGCCUGGCUCUCACGACGGCACGGCGCCUCCUGCAGCCGCAACAGCCGUCGCAUCAACGUCCACACCAGCGCCGCCCUCGUCGCUGCCAGCAGAUUCUGCUGCCCCCCCACAGCAGGCGCGUGCUUUAGAAGAGAACCCAAAAGCUUCAAUCGCUGCCGCACCCUCGACGACGACGACAACAACAACAACAACGACGACGACGACGACAGCGCCGCCGCCGCCGCCGCCUCCAACCUUUAACGGUGUAGCCAAGGUCGAGAGUGGCUUAGAGCAGUCCGUUGUACCAAACGCAAACACAUCUGGAGUCGGAGAGUCUGCUGGGCUGAAAGCUACAAUUGAGUCGGACGGACACGGGGGCCAAGACGUUGUAAUGGCAGACGCUCCUGGAGCUACCACGACCGCUGCUGCGACGGCGCCGCACCUAUCGCCUUCUGUUGUGCAACCUGCCCAGGUGACAUCGGCAGACCAAUUCCCAGCCUCAACACCGUUCGCAUCCCAGCCUGCUGGCAUCGACCACCGCCACGCAUACAUGAUGAUGGCCCUGGCCUCCAUGUCUGCUGCGCCGCCCGCCAUGUCGCCGCCGCCCACCGUCACCCCCUCUCAGAUGACCCUGCCCAACCCUGCCGAAGAAGGGUACUUUGGCCUGGGCUCUAACAACAACCUGCGCCAGUCUGACCCCGACAUGGGCCUCGAGUCGUUUGCUCGUGUAGAGUUCGCCGACAGCGUCUUUCAGAUGACCACCUACGCUGUCAUCAUUGGUCGUGACCAGCGAGCUCUGGAACAGGCCAGGCGGGAUGGAAAGCGUGCCGAGGAGUAUCAAAGGCGUGUCGAAGAAAAUGCGAGCAAAGGCCUUCCCCCCCCAUCCCCCAUUCCUCUGCCUCAGGACCGUCACAAGUUUAGUAAAUCGUACGUCAGUGAGGAAGGUGGCAUGCUUGGCCCAGAAUCAGAUAGCGAAGAUAAUGGGCGUCCAGCGAAGCGGCGCAAGACCAGCACUACGGGAUCGUCGCAGCAGAAUGAAAACGAGAACCCUCAAGAUAACAUCAUAUCCAACCGCCAAUACGUUUCUCACACUCCUGGCGCUGCUGCAGUCGAUCUGGCCUCGCUAAGGCCGUCACCCUACCAUGUUCCUUUCAUCGGCAUUCACUCUCCCGGCCCGAAUAUCGCGAGCAAAACCAAGGCCAUCUCCCGGGAGCAUCUCAAGAUUGCCUACAACCCGGACGAGGGUGUAUUCGAGGCAAUACCCUUACACAAGAAUGGUUUCUUCUGCGAGGAUGUUCAUUACAAGAGCGAAAAAGUUGUACUCAGGUGCGGCGAUCGCCUUCAGAUCAAGGACGUUGGGUUCAGGUUCAUCAUCAACGGCGUGGAACGAGGACGAACCGGCGCCGAAGAAUAUCAGGAAGAGGAUGCCACCAAGAAACGCCACGCUCAGGGCGGAAAGAGCAUGAGCUUCGACUUUACACAAUCACAUGGCAACGGCCAGAUCCAGGACACGAGUGAUGAGCUGUCGGAUGUGGAUGUUAGCCCCGCGGAACUGUCCGACUUUGGCGGGGACGAUGAGGGUGAGGGAGAAGAAGAGGAGAAGGUCGCAGAAGAGGGCGGUGAGGAGGAAGAGGAGGAAGAGGAAGAGGAAGAAGGAGACGAUGAAGACGAGGAGGAGGCCGAUGCCGACGUACCGGAAGCAUCCAUCGAGGGCGACUCUGAGAUCAAGGACGAAGGGGAAGUGAAUCACGACCUCUCGAUGCCCGAGAUACCAAGGAAGAGGGGCCCUGGCAGACCGCCCAAGAAUGGCAUCAUGUCGAAGAGAGAGCAGCGCUUGCUUAAGAAGCAGCAGCAAGAAAUGGCCAAGAAGACACUGCCUCAAGCGCCGCCGGUUGAGCCGCCUAUCAAGCGCAAAGUUGGCCGGCCGAGGAAACACCCGCUGCCGGAAGACGGAGUGGACCGUCCCGAAAAGCGCAAAUACAAGCCGCGGAAGCCCAAGAACGAAGACGGCGCCGAAGGCUCCGAUGCCGAGAGACGAGCGAGGGAGAAGAAGGAGAAGAAGGCACGGCCCAAGUCUCCUCCUCUGGAGCUGAAGAUUGAGGACUACACCGAGGAGCAGCUCCAGAAGCCGAACAAGAACUACGGUGUGCUUAUUGACGAAACAUUGACGGCGGCUGGCCCCGAUGGUCUCACAUUGAAGCAGAUCUACAAGAGAAUCUGCCAAAGAUACCCGUGGUUUUAUUUCCACACCGAGACGAAGGGGUGGGAGAGUAGUGUACGCCAUAAUCUGAUUGGGAACGAGGCGUUUAGGAAGGAUGAAACGACGAACCUGUGGUCUCGAGUGCCCGGUGUCGAGCUGGAUGCCGGCAAGAAGCGAAAGGCAUCCUCCCCAGACCGAGGACUGGCGGCCGCGCAGGCCUAUGGGCAUUACUCGUAUCCCUAUGCCGCCCAGCACAUGGCUCCUGGAGCGCAUCCUGGCUACCCCCCCAGCCAGGCACAGGCCCCGGCAUAUCAGGCUCCCACGUACGCGGCGCAGCCGCCGAGCCAUGCAGCGCGUCCAGCGCCGUACGGCCCAUCACAAUCACCCCCUGUUCACCAACCGGUUCAGCCGGCCGUGGGCGCUCCGCCCCCGGCUCCAGCCCCGAUCCAGCUACCGGGAUAUGGUCCUCCGGCGGCCCCGGCUCGCCCUCAGCUUGGUGUGCCCCAGCCUGGAGCUUACAGCUCGCCCUAUGCCUCGCGGCCUCCUCCCUUGGCAAGCCCGGCAGUCAAGGCCGAGGACGGCGGCGCCGGCGUACCAGCUGCGGCUGCCGUUGGGUCUGUCCAGCAGCCACCCCGGCCAAGCAUUUCGCCCGCUGCCGCCGCGGAGCCAAAGGCGGCCACCUCGGGGGCGGCACCAGCAGCGCAGAAGACGACUGUCCAGGCUGCCGCUCACCCGCCGCAACCUCGACCACAGGCGGCGCCUGCGCGGCCGAUUAUCGAGCCGCGUCUUCUUGGCGCAGUCGUCGGCCUCAAAAACGGCCUCGUGGACAAUCUCAAGAAGGCCGGCAAUCCCAAGGCCGAGGCCAUUGUCAUGUCGGCCCUGAACAGGUGCAUUGGGCUGAAGAAAGAAGCGACCGAAAACGACAAGAUGGAGGCCAUCUGCAUCAAAGGAAUCCGGCAAGUCAUUGACGGCUUCACCAAGGGCAAGAGUCCCACUCCUGGAAGCUCCACCUCAUUGCCCACUGAUACGCCGCCUGUUUUCGAGCCCAAGGUAUUGGCUGCGCUGAAUGGGCUCAAGGAUGCCUCUGUCAAUGCCAUCAAGUCCGGUCUGGGAGAGGCCAAGGCUGAGGCUGUGACGUUGUCCGCCAUUGAUCGAGUGAUUGGCCUUGCUGAUGCGAGCAUUAUGCCCAAGGCGGCCGAGGGCGAGCCGGCGAGCAACUUUGAGGGGGUCGAGCAGCAUCUCAUGAAGUCGAUCCGGCAGCUCCUCCAGGGCAUGAAUCAGAAGUUACAGGGCGAUUGA